ACCGUCAGUAGAAGAACCUCGUCGCUAGCUUGCUGUUCCUCCGGCGACCAAGCGAGAAUAAUUCGUUUAAUACUCGCUAAAAUAUUUACGAAACUUCAUUUAUGAACUCAAUUCUCAACGAUUUGCCUGACUGAAAGAGAUAGUUGUCAGAGUAGUGAAUAAAAUUCUUGCGGUGAUUGGUACCCCGUUGGAUUCUGAAAGACGAUUUAGCCCAAAGUGUUCAACGGCUCCCGAGGUUAAGGCUUGGAACGUGUAGGGCAUGAGUAAAAACUUUCCUUUGGACGCAAUUCUCGAUGUUUGCUGGUGAAAUGCAUCUCCAGCGACCUCGACCUCGCUUACGUAGCACCCAGUGAGGAGCUUUGGCAGCGGUCGGCAUGGUGCGGGACUGAAAACACGAGCAAAGCAAGUUCAAAAGUUGUUCGUUUUGAACCGCUGCUGUUGCUCUCAUAGUUUCUAAUGCCUUGAUAUACAAGAGCUAAUCUUGCUGUCGCCGCUGUUGCUGCUGCUGGGCUUAAAAAUUAUUGCCCAACAACAUCAACAAUGACCAUUAUUGUGGCCACCAUUCGCUCACGGCCAAUAAGACCAAUGGCGAGUCUUACGGCGGCCUUCAUAUUACUCACGGCCCUCGCUACUCCGGUCUUCGCCGACGCCCCAACGUACCGUCCUAACGUGGAAGAGGCUUUCAGGGCAAUGACGGAGACCGUAAACAUCUCAGCUAUCCUGGACUCCCUGCAGACAGGAUACGAUAAGAGAGUGCGACCAAAUUAUGGAGGGGCGCACGUUGACGUCGGUAUAACGAUGCAUAUUCUCAGUAUUAGCUCGCUCUCUGAAGUCCAAAUGGGUAAAGGGGCAUUUACAGCAGCUACCAACUCUGGCAGAGCCGCCGCUUUAAGUAGUAAAUCAGGAGGUGGAGACUCGGACGAUGGCGGCGGAGAACCCAGCCAGGACUUUACGCUCGACUUUUAUUUUCGUCAACACUGGAAAGAUCCACGGUUGUCAUUCCCGGGCCUGCAUGGCUUGGAACAACUGACAGUUGGCUCGGAAUACCUAUCCAGGAUCUGGGUCCCUGAUACCUUCUUUGCCAAUGAAAAGAAGUCUUAUUUUCACACGGCGACGACCCCAAAUGAAAUGCUUCGGAUCACCAACGAAGGAGGAGUUCUGCGCAGCAUGAGAUUGACCAUCACUGCAUCAUGUCCCAUGAAUCUCAUGUACUUCCCGAUGGACAGACAACUUUGUGUCAUCGAAAUUGAAAGCUUCGGUUACAGUAUGGAUCACAUUCGGCUGUCAUGGCAUGCUGGGGAUAAGAGCGUCGCCAUCGAGCAAGGAGUUUCGCUCCCGCAGUUCAGAGUCCUGGGCUUCAACAGAAAAACGAUCAUCGCUUCAACGUCCACCGGAAACUACUCACGCUUGCUGUGUGAAAUCGCAUUCGUGCGUUCGAUGGGAUACUACCUCAUCCAGAUCUACAUCCCGUCUACCCUCAUCGUCGUCAUUUCUUGGGUAUCCUUCUGGCUCAACAGAGCAGCCACUCCCGCGCGCGUGUCCCUGGGAGUGACCACCGUGCUUACCAUGACCACCCUCAUGUCAUCCACCAAUGCGGCUCUACCGAAGAUUUCUUACGUCAAGUCCAUCGACGUGUACCUCGGCACCUGCUUCGUCAUGGUCUUCGCCUCGCUGCUUGAAUACGCGGCCGUUGGCUACCUCGGCAAGCGUAUCCAGAUGCGCAAGAACCGCAUCCUGCAGCUGCAGAAGAUGAUCGAGCAGCGUAAAGCCCAACACCUGGAGCUGAGCCACGAAGGAGGCCCUGACGCUGCCGACCACGCCCCUAAACAAACUAAUCAUCGAAUAGGUUCCAAACAGUCCAAUCACCGCGAUCAUUCCUCGAAGCAAUCCGUGAGUCGCGAACCCUUGCUUCUCCUCCCUACGGAACCUACUUCUUCCGACCAGAUCGGCUGGGCGGCGUCUGGAGCACGUCAGUUAGAAUUGAGCAGCAAAUGA